AUGAAAUGUCUUCUGAUAUCCAGGAACUCGCAAAAACUUUUCAAAAAGCAGCAGAUACAGAAAAGUAAAAUUACAUUUGGCCUACAGAGCUUCCCAAGGCCGCCGCUCUGCUCCGCACGGGCCUCCGCCGGCGGGGCACCCCCGGGCGUCCACGAGGGACACUCCCUGGUCCUCUGGCCCCCGCCGGCCUCCGCGAGGCUGGCUCCCACAGACGAGCGCUCCUCGAACAGGGACCCGCUAGGAGAUCCCGCCGCCUUGCGAAGGCCUUCGGAGCCCCGGCGUGGACCUCCUCUCCUGGACGCCGGCCUCAGCGCUCCGACCGGCCGCGGCCUCAGCGCCCGCCCCCCACCCCCACGGGCCUCGGGCCUCGGGCCUCGGCCCUCACCACCACCCCGCUUGGAGAGGUCCAGCCCGACCUCGCGCGCCCACGCCGCCUACAGCCCGCGCCCGCCUCGUCCUCACCCGCCCGGCCCAGGCCUGUCCGCGCUCGGCCAGCAACGGACUCCUCGUCCCGCGCCCGCGCAGUCGGCUCCUGACUGCCCGCCGGCCUCUCCCGCCCCCGCGCGCCCCUCCCUGGACCGCCGGCGGACGCUCCGUCGAUUGAGCUACCUCAACCGUGGCCUGAGAACUUGGGGCGAGGAGCCGCAGGGAAAUCCCGCGAUCCUGCCCGGCGCCCCUGCAGCCUUCGCGAUCCCCCUCUGGCCUCGGGACCCACACCCGGGAAUGGAAAUGUGA